AAGUUUGGUGCGGGCGGGCGCCGGGCGGGCGGGUGUAGUCGGCCGGGCCCCGAGCGCGGGGGUGGGAGGACAAAGGGGUGGGGGGCCGCGCGGGGCCGGGGGGCAGGCCGGGGUGCGGGCGAGGGCAGCGCGGCAGCUGUAGGUCACGGAUAAUGUCACUCACGAGGAAUGCCCCCUCCCCCUCCCCUGCUCCCGAACAGGGGAAACUUUUGUCUAGCGAGGGAGGGGGUUAGAGGCCGGGUCCUGCCUUCGCGAAGGCUAAGGCAGCCCGACCGGUUUUCUGCGGGCUCGGAGCGGCCUGGUCUCUAACCCCCCUCCUCCCUCAGGGUCCUCCCUUUGCACGCAGGUUUUUAACGCACGGGGACAGGGGUGAGGAGGGGGAGCCUGUGGGACGGCUGGGUUCUGGGACCUCCCCGGGAAUCCGGCGACUGACCACUUGGCUCUUGGCAGAGUCGAGCACCCCGGGCCCCUGAACGCCCCAUCUUCGCUUCUCCCCACCCAGGAGACCUUUCAGAAUGGCCUGGGGGCAGUUUUGCCCCCUGGUCUGUUCAGAGAGACCUGGGUGUUUGUCACUUUCCAGCUGUGUGACCUUGAGUGGUUUCCUUACCUUUCCCUGGCCUCAGUUUCUUCACCUGCAAAAUGGGGAGAAUAGUAUUUGCUAGAGUAAGAAUGAGAGGAGUGUAUGCUACUUCAGUAAAUGGUGGCAUGCUUACAUUCAACAAGUAAUUUCACAUUUACUGCGUGUUAAGCGCUGGACUAAUUCACUGCUUUACAUACAUUCUCUCAUUUAAUUCUGCCACAUUACUAUUAACCACAUUGUAUGGAGGGGAAACUGAGGCACAGAGUAGUAAAGGUCACACAAGUAGCAAGUGGUGGAGCUGGGAUUUUACCUCCCUCUCCCAGCCUGUGUCUCAACCACAGAGCUCUGCAAGGUCUUGCUGUGACAACUCACAGUUUAUUUCUUCUUCUUCUAGUUUAUUAUUUCUUCUUCUUCUUCUUUUUUUUUUUUUUUUUUUACAACUUUGGCCUUGUACAGUUUCAUUUUCAGUUGAAAUUAUGGGGACAUCUGUCCUCUUCUCCAUUUCCCCCACCCGCAGGUAGUGCUCCCUUCUGCCUGGUACUUGUUCCAAGUGAGGUCUUGUGUCCUGGCUCUUGUUAGCGUGGCCAGCUGGAGCAGGAGAGAGGUUAGCUGGAGCCUGGUCCUGGAGCUCCGUGAUGGUCCAAGUGCCGUUGCUGGCUGCUGGGUCCAUGGCAGUGUGGGUGGUGCAGGGAGAAGCCCGUCUCCUUGGCUCUGACUGGAGACAGCUGGUGGCUUUGUCAACAGGCCUCUCUCCCUGGCACCCAGGGAUAGCUGAAUUUUUACUUUUCAUUCAGACCAGGUCACUUUCAGAUCAGCAGGGGCAGAGGUAGGACAAGGGUGCUCUUGUGUAACUUGGCCGUGGCAGGGUCCUCACUGCUAACUAAUGGACAGGUCUAGAUGCCCCAGCCCCAAAGUUCUUGAGGAUAGUAAUAGUGUCAGGAUUGCAGAACCCUAAUGGAGAAUGCAUGUGUGCACAGGUUCCUGAGCCCAGUUAGUGCGAUGUUGGGCACCCUGUAGGCCUCAGUAAAUAUCCCACAAGUGAAUGUGUGAGGUGGCUCACACUUCUGUUGGCUUUCACACCCUGGGCUGGCCCAAUCAUUUGGUGGGGGUGACAUCUUAUGAGUACUGAUCAGGCUGUGAUUGAGGGCCUUGAGUAAUCACUUUAGAAAUGGAAAACAAAUUGCUGCUUAAUUAACAACAUCUUAAAAUCUAGGGCUGAGAGAGAGUGUGGUAGGUGGAGGUAGAUAAUGAGAGAAAUCCUUGGAGAAGGGAAGUUUGUGCAUUUCAGCCCUACCUGCUCCGAGGGCUGUUCAGCACUGUGUCUGGGAUUUGCAGGGUUUGUAGGCUUUUUGAGGGCCCUGGGAGUCGGGGGCCCUCCUGGGCUGAUAGUUCAUGGUCAGCUUGUAGAAAUAAAUGUGGAAAUUCCAUUGCUUUGCUGGACAUUGAGGGGGCUCAGAAAAGCAGGACAUUGAGUGAAGGAGUUGGAAGGCUGACUUGCCAUAUGGUCAGACUGUCCUUGUCAUUGUGGUCAGAGCAAGAGGAAAGGCCUCUCGGGGAAUCAGCAAGGAAAGAGAGAGCCCAAGUAAGCAAGAUAACAUGAUAGUGAGCCUCCUGUCACAAGGAGGUAUGCGAGGAACAGUUUUGCAAUCACAAAUGGAGGAUGUGGUCAAGAAUUUAAGAUCAUAGACUCGGGCUGGCAUCUGAGAAACUCACCAAUGUACUCUGGUCUCAGCAGCACAGAGCUCUCUCUGCCCUGGGCUUUGGACCUGCUUGGCUGUGCUUUGGCUACCCUUCCAUGCUUCGGGACCAAAGCCAGGCCUGCAAGUCUCUAGAGGCUGGGCAGACUUCUACUGGCCUGGAAUUUGGAUUUGAGUAUAUGGCCUGAAAUAUCUGGGCUGUUUGGAGGACUUGGACAUUCUUUACUUGAAAUGGAACAUUAGGGUGCAGCUGUGUUAAGUGAGCAGCGUGGAACCAUCACGAGGACGUGGCGAAGUGAAGAGGAGCCGCGCGCCACUGCCUGGAGCUCCGCCUUAGCCCUGUGGGCCCCACGGAGUGAGCGGCAUGCUGCACUGCCGGGCCUGCCCAGUGUCCUCUGGCCUGCUGCCCUGCACCCCCAGAAGGCCCUGACGCCCUGGGGCACUUCUGCUCUGCACAGGACCACGCGGGGGUUUGCCAUGGUGACAUAAAGGGGCGUGGAGGAAGGAAGGAGCGUGACCAGCCUGUGGACUGCGCCCCUGGCUGGGAGGAGGGACCGGGGGCCCAGAUCCUCCACUCCCAGUGCCCCCUGAGGGCCUCGCUUCCUAAGUCUCUGUGAAUUUGUUGCUUGGUGGACGAUUCUUGUGUCUCCUCUUGUGUGGGGCCUUGGGGUAGCCAGGGCAGGCCAGGCCUCCGGUGGCCAAGGUCUCGGAGGCCAGGAUGCCUGCCCUGGCGUGCCUCCGGAGGCUGUGUCGGCACGUGUCCCCGCAGGCUGUCCUUUUCCUGCUGUUCAUCUUCUGCCUGUUCAGCGUCUUCAUCUCGGCCUACUACCUAUAUGGCUGGAAGCGAGGCCUGGAGCCCUCGGCGGAUGCCCCGGAGCCUGACUGCGGGGACCCACCGCCCGUGGCCCCCAGUCGCCUGCUGCCACUCAAGCCUGUGCAGGCAGCCACCCCUUCCCGCACGGACCCGUUGGUGCUGGUCUUUGUGGAGAGCCUCUACUCACAACUGGGCCAGGAGGUGGUGGCCAUCCUGGAGUCCAGCCGCUUCAAAUACCGCACAGAGAUCGCGCCAGGCAAGGGUGACAUGCCCACGCUCACCGACAAGGGCCGUGGCCGCUUCGCUCUCAUCAUCUAUGAGAACAUCCUCAAGUACGUCAACCUGGACGCCUGGAACCGGGAGCUGCUGGACAAGUACUGUGUGGCUUACGGCGUGGGCAUCAUUGGCUUCUUCAAGGCCAAUGAGAACAGCCUGCUGAGCGCACAGCUCAAGGGCUUCCCCCUGUUCCUGCACUCAAACCUGGGCCUGAAGGGCUGCAGCAUCAACCCCAAGUCCCCGCUGCUCUACGUGACGCGGCCCAGCGAGGUGGAGAAGGGCGUGCUGCCCGGCGAGGACUGGACCGUGUUCCAGUCGAACCACUCGACCUAUGAGCCGGUGCUGCUGGCCAAGACGCGCUCGUCCGAGUCCAUCCCGCACCUGGGUGCGGACGCCGGCCUGCACGCCGCGCUGCACGCCACCGUGGUCCAGGACCUGGGCCUGCACGACGGCAUCCAGCGCGUGCUGUUUGGCAACAACCUGAACUUCUGGCUGCACAAGCUCGUCUUUGUGGACGCCGUGGCCUUCCUCACUGGGAAGCGCCUCUCCCUGCCGUUGGACCGCUACAUCCUCGUGGACAUUGACGACAUCUUCGUGGGCAAGGAGGGCACACGCAUGAAGGUGGAGGACGUGAAGGCCCUGUUUGACACACAGAACGAACUACGUGCACACAUCCCGAACUUCACCUUCAACCUGGGCUACUCAGGGAAAUUCUUCCACACAGGUACCGAUGCUGAGGACGCUGGGGAUGAUCUGCUGCUGUCGUAUGUGAAGGAGUUCUGGUGGUUCCCCCACAUGUGGAGCCACAUGCAGCCCCACCUUUUCCACAAUCAGUCCGUGUUGGCCGAGCAGAUGGCCUUGAACAAGAAGUUCGCUGUCGAGCAUGGCAUUCCCACAGACAUGGGGUAUGCAGUGGCACCCCACCACUCGGGCGUGUACCCCGUGCACAUGCAGCUGUACGAGGCCUGGAAGCAGGUGUGGAACAUCCGCGUGACCAGCACGGAGGAGUACCCCCACCUGAAGCCAGCCCGCUAUCGCCGUGGCUUCAUCCACAAUGGCAUCAUGGUUCUCCCGCGGCAGACCUGUGGCCUCUUCACACACACCAUCUUCUACAAUGAGUACCCUGGCGGCUCCAGCGAGCUGGACAAGAUCAUCAACGGGGGCGAGCUCUUCCUCACCGUGCUCCUCAAUCCUAUCAGCAUCUUCAUGACGCACCUGUCCAACUAUGGGAAUGACCGCCUGGGCCUGUACACCUUCAAGCACCUGGUGCGCUUCCUGCACUCCUGGACCAACCUCCGGCUGCAGACACUGCCCCCUGUGCAGCUGGCCCAGAAGUACUUCCAGAUCUUCUCCGAGGAGAAGGAUCCACUCUGGCAGGACCCCUGUGAGGACAAACGUCACAAAGACAUCUGGUCCAAGGAGAAGACAUGUGACCGCUUCCCAAAACUCCUCAUCAUCGGCCCCCAGAAAACAGGCACCACUGCCCUCUACCUGUUCCUGGGCAUGCACCCGGACCUAAGCAGCAACUAUCCCAGCUCUGAGACCUUUGAGGAGAUCCAGUUUUUUAAUGGCCACAACUAUCACAAAGGCAUCGACUGGUACAUGGAGUUCUUCCCCAUCCCCUCCAACACCACCUCCGACUUCUACUUUGAGAAAAGCGCCAACUACUUUGAUUCAGAAGUGGCGCCCCGGCGGGCAGCAGCCCUCUUGCCCAAAGCCAAGGUCCUGACCAUCCUCAUCAACCCCGCAGACCGGGCCUAUUCCUGGUACCAGCACCAGCGAGCCCACGAUGACCCGGUGGCCCUAAAGUAUACCUUCCAUGAGGUGAUUACAGCUGGCUCCGAUGCAUCUUCGAAGCUGCGUGCCCUUCAGAACCGCUGCCUGGUCCCCGGCUGGUACGCCACCCACAUCGAGCGCUGGCUCAGUGCCUAUCACGCCAACCAGAUUCUGGUCUUGGAUGGCAAACUGCUGCGAACAGAACCUGCCAAAGUGAUGGACACGGUGCAGAAGUUCCUUGGGGUGACCAACACCAUUGACUACCACAGAACCUUGGCGUUUGAUCCAAAGAAAGGAUUUUGGUGCCAACUGCUCGAAGGAGGAAAAACCAAGUGUCUGGGCAAAAGCAAGGGCCGGAAAUAUCCCGAGAUGGACUUGGAUUCCCGAGCCUUCCUGAAGGACUAUUACCGGGACCACAACAUCGAGCUCUCCAAGCUGCUGUACAAGAUGGGCCAGACGCUUCCCACUUGGCUACGCGAGGACCUCCAGAACACCAGGUAGCCACGGCCACUGCAGCCAGACUGAACGUUUGUGACAGCAGGGAUGUCCCACCACACGCUGAGCCAGACUGACCUGCAGAGUGGGGAGCUGGGCCGGGGCAGCCGCGUGCUUAUGAGCAAUACUCUGUGGAGGCCUGGUGGGGCCAGGGGAGCCCAGGCGGGUCCGCAAGCGCCUCGGAGCACCCACCGCUGGGUCUAUGGCCUAUGGGACUUCCCUCGCCAGCAGAGGUCCAUUCCGUUCCCAGCUGCUCCUGGGGAGGCCGCUUCCUGGUAGGAGGGAGUCUGCGAGACUCUUCUGUCCCUCACUGUGUUCCACCCACGUCCCCUCUCUUCACCUACCACUCCCUGCUUCCUCAGGGUGCCCCUCAGUAUUCGCUGCCAUAUGCCCCUGUCCUCCAGACUAUAGGAGAGGAGAGCCUUUUGCCAAACCAGGGAGAGAGACUGGACAUUUCUCUGACUGUUUUGAGCCAGGCUCUUUCAAAGAGCCAGCUGGGUCCCCAGAGUCGGUCCCUAGGCUGGAUGGGAGGGUGACCACCUCGAGCGGAUGCGCAGUCUCUACUUCUGGUUCCUACGUUCGGGUCUCACCCUCCCGUUCUGGGGAAGGAAUCUCUGGUUCCCACAGUUUCCACCCCAUCCUCAAGGCUUCCUGCGGGGGCUUUGGGGCACUGCCUUGCCAUGGGGCCCAGAGACCUGGACCCUACCUGCGCCCCCUUUCUUCCUCCUGGGAUAUGACAUGUGUGGUGUUUCCUGUGGUAAAAAACUGAGGUGGGCCAGGAGUCUGCCAGUAUACAUGUUCCUGAGUGCAGACUCGGUCCCCACACCCUCCCAGCCUCACGCCCAGGCAGACGUGGGCGAGGUGGUGAGACUGCCGGCCCCCUGUGGCUGAGGGCUCCCAGAGACCCCCUUAACCUCCCAAAUACUAAGAAGCUAAAGUAUUUUAAUAUUUUUUUUUCUUGGUGCCAGAGUUUAUACCCUGGGUGCUGGGGUCACACUGUGUUAUAUAUAUAUAUAUAUAUAUAUAAUGUGUAUAUAUAUAUAUUCUAUUUUUUUUGGUUGGGUUUGUUUUUAAUUCAGUCAUACAAAAUGGUAGUAAGCCCCAGUCUCAAGGGGCGUCCUGUCUUAGAGCUAGAGAUGAGGUGUCAGGGAGGGAGGGCGUGUCCUCAGUGGCCUGGGGGCUGAGGGGACAGUUGGAAGGGGCGCUCCCCAGUGCUGUGGCUGCCCUGGGGCCACCGCAGGUGAACACAGGUGGUGAGAUGGCCGGGAAGACCAGCUGUCGCCAGGACAUCAGGCUGCUCGAUGUCCAGUGACCCUGAAGGAAUUUCAGCCAAAGGAGGCCACCAGGGCUGAGCUAGAACUGGGACAAGCAGCUGGCCCGCCCCCUCUCCCUCACAUGGUGCUAGGCUGGGAGCUGCCCUGAGAGCUGGGAUGCCCCCCAGGGCCCACAGAACUGUCUCCAGGCCCCCUGUAGACAGUGGGAUCUCUGGGCUGAUUUCUGGUUGGGGGUCUGCUCCUACUCCCCCCCCCCCCCCCCCCCCCCCGUUUAACAAUGUGAAGUGACUGAGGUUGGGGUGCCUCUCCCUGGCCCCCUCCAACUGCCAAAUUCCGCUUCCCCCAACACCCAGGAAAUACUUUCUGGAGAGCCUUGUCUUGUUCAGAAGACUCUAGCAUCAUGGGGCUGGAAGGUCCUUUGACGGGUAUGAAACAGGUCCAGAAAGGGGAGGUGGCCUGCUUGGCUGAUGUCAUGGAGCUGGCUGGGAGCAGGGCAGAGCGUUGAACCCGAGGCUCCUGGUUCCAAGUCCUAUCGAGCUUCUUCCAGUGCCACACUGCCUCUGAGCCCAUCCUUGGGACCCUACUCUGUGUCAGGUUCCUGUCCCUCCCUCCGUCACACCGUGGUCAUUCCAGGAUAUGGGGACAAACCACUCCUUCCCAGCCAGGGUGCCUUUGAGCCUUCUCAUUCCCAGGUCUGCGUUUGCAUCCCUGUGGUGUUCUCCUCUCUCAAGAGGCCUUCCCCAGCCUGCGGGGGCCUGGGUCUGUUCUGAGCUGAUUCCCUUUUCUCCAGUUCUCUGCUGGGAGGAGGAAAGUUGGACAGUCCCCGGGACCAGCUGCAGGUGGUUUGUUAGAAUACAGAACGGUGUCCCCAUCGUGCUUCUCAGUGGGGUCUGCAAGCCUGGGAAAUUUGGGCGUCGUUGGCCCAGCAGGGAUGAGAAGCAAAGUGAGGGCAGGGUGGCAUGUCUACUUGUACACUCAUGAAGACUUGCCCACGCCAUGGAACCAGGGCCUCCUGGAGAGGGGCCGUGACUUCCAUAGUUCCAGCCCUGAGCCUCACUUCCCAUCCGUCAGGGAGGGGACCGGGCUGUAGGGUGGAUGAGGAUCUUACAGCUCCCAGGUUCUGAAAUUGACUCUCUGGGCCCGGAGGCCUCUCUCGCUGAGCCUGGAAGGCAGGAAAGGCGGGCUGGCCUGGGGCAGGAGCUCCACUUCUUUCUGCCUCUGGCUGUGGGAAGGAGCAGGCAGUUGGAAAUCCUGUGGCAGCAGAGAUCGUCUGGAUUUUUGCCUGGGCCCUUCUGUGAGCCUGGGGACUGGACCUGCCACAGGUUCUAAGUCUGUCUGUCUAGGUCACUGCUGCCACUUCCACUCCCACUAACAGACCUUUCUUGAAGACCCACUAGGCCCAGACGCUGCUGGGACUUGCCGGUAUGGGGGAUGGAAGGAGAGGCACUUAAGCUGCGUGAGGGGCUGUCAGCUAAUGGGUACACGGACACGCCUUCCAAGAAGAGAAAACCACAGGUGCAUGGGGCAGCAUGGUCAGUCUUUAACGCCCACCAAUUCACUCUAAGCAUUUGGCCAAAACUGGGAGAGAGAAAUGGCUGAAAUUGUUCAGGUGGCUUCACCGUCUAUUCUGUGGUCCCCUCCAUGAGCCUUUGCCCCAGGGUGAGGGCAGGCAGGAGUGUCACUGCAGCUGCCUCAGUCAUUCAGGGUUCCAGAGCCUUCUGUGGUGGAGCAUUUGGCGGCUUGGAGGAUGUAUCUGAAGUUUAAAAAUGGGCCUUUUCUGAGCAGUCAGAAAGACGAGCAGUCAGCGCUUCUCGGCCCAGCUAAGGAAGCCCUCUGCUCCCAGCAGAGGAGAGCUGCACCGACCUGCAGAGGUUGAGCGUGCCCAUGGCUUGUUAGUGGGAAGAGCAAGUACAAAAAUGUUUUACCAAACAUUUAAUUUAAUUAUGAAUGCCCACUCCCCAGCAUCUAGAUCUAAAAUUGUUAACAUUUUGCCACAUCUGUUUUCCUCCCUCUGUGUACAUAUAUAUUUUUUCUGGCCUAAUUUAAAAGUACAUGGCAAACAUCAUGAAACUUCACCCCUGAAAGCUUCAGCCUGCAUCUCCUAAGAGCUGGGGCUUUCUCCUGCACGUUGGCCCAGUAUCACAGCCAAGACGAGAAGUCAUUUCCCAAGGACACCUGCUGUCCACUCUGUGUUCAGUUCCCCCAGUUGUCUCCCAGGUAACUCGUGCCUGGUUUUGGAAUCAGCAUCCAGUCACGGUGCACACGUUGCAUUUGCUAACUAUGUUUUUAAAGUCUCCUUGAAUGCUGAAAGGUCUUCUCUCAGCUCACGUGGAGGUUUUCGAUGAUGUUGUUUUUGAGGCCCUCGGCCUGCUGUCAUGUUGACACCCCACGUUCUGCAUUUGUCAGAUUGUUUCCUCAUGGUGUCGCAUAACCACUUAUUCUAUCCCCCGUACUUUCAAGGCUAAUUUAGGCUCCAUGGGAUUUUGCCUUUUGUGCUGACUUGACAACUUCACUCCUGCCUAAGAUGCACCUCCACUGUCACCUGUACCAAGUGCCAAAACAGCAGAGGGGCCGGUUAGAGCAGGAGCUCCUGGGAGGGCCCGGGAGGGCUCCCUGGAGAGGGCCACACAUCUGGGCCUCGGAAGGAACGACACAGGGCUCUGGAAGGAGGAAGCUGCACACCUGGAGGCUGGACCUUCGACCCUGGGGAUGGGCCUCAGGGCAGCAAACACAGCAUAUGUCUCUCUCUCGCUGUUUUGGGGUCCCAGGGUUUUCACUUCCUGGAGGCCCGUGGUCCGUGUAUGCUGGAGCGGAGCCAGGCUCUGGGACACAGCAGGGAAAAGCCUCCAUGGGGAACUGUGCCUCCCACAGCUGUGGUGUGAGCAGAGCUCCGGCCGGCGGCAGGAGCUGUGAAAUUUUGUCCCAGCUGGCUCCAUUUAGUAGCUGCCUGACAUCUUCCUCCCAGGGCCUCAGUUUCUUCAUCUGUAGAAUGAGCAGAAAGGGGCUACAGCAGGAGUUUUCACACAUCAAAGGAGGCAGCUCUGCUCUAGUUGAUGUGAGGAGGAGGGGGGCCUAGACCCCCUGCUGCCCAGGCCCUUGAGGACACACUGGGUUCCUGGCUUGCCAGCUCUGGGCUGGAUGCUCUCGCCAGCUCGGAUGGCUGGAGAGUUUUCAGUUUUUCCGAGGGACAGGCAUAGGGUUUAUGUGGGGUCAACGCUGAGAACCUGGGGGAAACUGGCCGCAUUUUAUCCUGAGAAGUUCGUCCCUGCUGUUCUUCCUCUUUCUGGCCCUGGAGGAGGAUGAGUGAGGAGAGGGUUUUCUACGACUGUGUUAGCUUUUGUUAUUAGCAAGAGGGCUCCUUUUGUAAUUUGUGCAUGAAAUUCAUGUCAUUUCCUGGGAGAGGAGAGGGCUGACUGGAGAGGGUGGGGGGCACAUUAGGGGAGCAGGCAGAGGUUUCCUUCCCUCAUGGGGGGGUGGGGAGAGGGGGCUCUACCCGGUUCACCUGAUGAGGGCUCUCAAACCAGCCGUUUUGGGUUGUGUUAAAGGUGAGACCUUCCUCCAUUAAUGUACAAUCUCGAACUAACUGCUAAUAAAGUGGGGUUCUGUUUGUACA